AUGGCAACGUCACUUCCCUCCACUCCCAAGGCCGCUUCGUCGGUCCUUCCCCCCUCCGCGGGGUCCGGCACUCCUGGCAAAUGGCGCCAUCCCCAGUUGAAUGAGAUUGUUCGACGCCAGGAUGCUGCUACAUUUGGGGACAAGAACCUUCGAAAGGUCGUCUGGAAUGGAGGUGCCCUGGUUUUGACCUGGGUCUUUGGAAACAGCCUCAAGACCCAUUCCCGUCCGAUAUUCGCCAAUAACUCUGUUUACUCCGACCUUUCGCUGCUUUUCAUCCAGCUCUUCUUUGUCGCCAACAUUUUUAUUGCCGUAUAUCCUCUCUUCCGACCAACGGACGAUCUCUCAGAUAUCCCCCUGACGCCUACACAACGUUCUCUCUUGGGCUUGGAUCCGACAGCAACACCCCCUCUCACUCCCGGAACAACAUAUGUCACUCCUCCGCGAUACCGCGUCUCUACUUCUCGUAAGGGUAGCCCUGCGAGUCAGAAUGGCUCACCUUUGUCAACCACGCCCACUUUCUCAGACCGACGCGUUUCUUCUGGCAACACCUUCUCGCCUGCGUCGAGUCCGUUGCUUCACAAGGGAUUUCCGACUGGUGGAAGAGAUACAGGUCGGCGACAAAGUUUCGGGUCUUCCUCGCCCCUUGCGCGCAGCAACUCAUUUAGCAACUCGUUUGGCAACUCAUUUGGCAACUCGUUCAGCACUUCGUUCGGCGAGUCCACCAUUGCUCCUACCACACCUACUCCUAUGUCUGGCAAGCGCACGAGCAUGGGAUUGAGCAACAAAUGGUUGCGGGCUCGGCAGACAAUACACGCCCAGACUCCGCAACAGGAACGACCGCAAGAACAACUACACCCGCGCAAAAACAACAACGCUUUUACUCUACUUCCGGGAUUUUUCUCUGGAAAUACACGAGGCUCGUGCUGUGAGAGAUCGGUCUCUUCAGUAAUGGGAGCCUCGGAGUCAAAGCUUGUGUUCAAGCAGGGCAUCUUCCGGCUCUCCGAGGAGAAGGAGAUCCCCGCAGACGACCCUUACUGGACACGGUUUUGGGAACUGCCCGAAUCUACAGAAGACGUUUUCAGCCUGUUCACUCCAGCUGACAUCAGACGCACUCGCGAUCAUGCCUUAUCGAACUUCGAAACCCUCAUACUCUCCGUAUCCUCAAGACUUGUCGUCCUAAAAAACCAUCCUUCAUUCCCGGACCCUGAUCUUGCCUCCGAGCGGGAUGCGCUUAACUGCGUUCGCGUCCUCACCCGGCUGCUACCUUUCGUCUACGAAGCCGAACAUCUGGAAGACUGGGAAGAGAAGUUCUUCUGGGCACGACGCAAGAGAAAGACUAGACAAGCGCAGCUUUCGGGGGAGGUACUCUUCGAUGAAGGUCAGCUAGAGCAUGAUCAAGACCAACCUCAUGGAGAAGAAUACGAAGAGGUGAAACCUCUUGCCGAGGAGCUGAUAGACACAUUGCUCGAUCUCCUAUUCUACGCCGAUUUCACAAUCCCAGUCCUCCCAACUGCGAAAAGCAAGAUCUCAUAUUCAAUAUGGCAAAGUGGUGUUGGCUGUAACACGGCUAUGGGGUCCAACAAGACCCUCGAAAAUAACCGAUGCGAGGUUCUGCGCCUGUUGCUUACCAUGACUGGCAAAGCAAUGUACCAGCCUUCCAACACACUACCCGUGCAAGGUGUUAAGGCUAUUACCUAUAUCACCACUUGCCAAGAUAAGCAGGCCGUUCUAACAACACUUUGUUCUCUCUUAAACACGGCCAUGAAAUACAAUCCUUCAUCCUGGAGAGUUCCAUAUGAUCACGUCGUUUGGAAAGACCCCAAGCAGAUAUUGGUGAUUUACUGUCUUCAACUUCUCCUUGUCCUGCUCCUCUACCCCAUUCCAGAGGAUGGCCGUGGUGCGCCACCUAAAAACUACUAUCGUCAUUAUUAUGGUAGGCUACAUAGGCCUCAGGACUUCCAGUUCCUUGUGGAUGGCAUGACGAAGAUAUUGAACCAGCCUAUGCAAGCCACGAGCUCAUAUCUCCCUGGGAGCCAGAGAAAUGUGAAAUGGGCACCGGAGAUCUUGAUGCUAUUCUGGGAGACAUUGCAAUGCAACAAGCGUUUCAGGUCGUUCAUAAUUGACUCUAAUCGUUCGCAUGAUUUCUUGAUACUUUGCAUCUUCUAUGCUAUGGAAUACAGAGCAGAUUCCUCAAAACAAGGAGUAGUGCGGAUGUGUAUCUUCAUCCUUCAAACAAUGAGCGCAGAGGAAACAUUUGGCAAGAGUCUUAACAUGAAGUUUGAAGGACAAGAAACACUCCCACUGUCUAUACGCGUGCCCAAGUUCCGAGGGUCUUACGGCGAUUAUCUCAUCAUGUCAAUACACACCCUGAUGACAACGAGCAAAGGAAACCUCGAUAGUAUUUACCCUGCUCUCAUGAUAAUUCUAAAUAAUGUCUCCCCACACAUCCAGCAUAUAGGCGCGGGUGCUUGCUCCAAAACCAUUCAGCUUUUUUCAUCCAUGUCCGCGCCUAGUUUCUUGCUUGCCAAUGAGACAAAUCAUACACUUCUUGCAUCGUUACUUGACUUCAUCAAUGCUAUUCUUGAACAUAACUUCAAAGAAAAUCCAUAUCUUGUAUACGCAAUUCUGAAGUAUAAGCAACGAUUCGAGGCUAUUCGAGCAUUUACCCUUGAAAGUGGACAACAGGAGAUUGAACGUCAAAUAGAAAAACGCAAAUCUCUGGAUACCGCAGGCGAUAUGGUUGCCAGCCCAACAUUUUCUCGCUCCGAGGAAGACCUUCACAAUCCGGCGGAGGCCCGGUCGCCUUUAACUCGGAUUCCGGAAGAGAACACUGCAUUCGCUAUUGGCGAAGAUGACACCGAUGACGAGGGACAGAAUACGCCAUCUCAAUCAUCACCAUCUGCACAAACGUCUCGCAGACCUUCUUUUGCCUCCGUGAAUGAUGAGAAUGGGUCACAACAACCGCGAGGCAUGUCCGAAAAGGCACGUGGUAAGAUGCCUGCCAGUCGACCAUCUUUCUCCCGUCAGAACAGCAUGACAAGCCAAACAAGCAUGUCAGCUCUGUUCAGUGGCACGUCUGCCGGCUUCACACCGACUACCGCUUGGCUUGAAUCCUGGCUUCCAGAGCUACCGCUGCACACCAUCCUCACUAUCAUCUCAGCCAUUGCACCCCACAUCCCAGACGUAGCCUUGCAAACCACUGCAAGCCCCGAGGCUCGUACUCUGAUCAAUAAUCUGCCAUCGUUUGCCGAAGAACCGCAAGUCACGAGUAUCGUCUCUGAGCCGACACCAGUCCGUGCCCAAUCGUUUGAAUGGACCGCGCUUUCCAUGGGGUGGUACGAGUCUCUUCUUUGGGGAUUCAUCUUUUCCAGCGAGAUGGUAGUUGGAUCCGCCGCGGGUGCAACCCCGGGCACCGUCGGUGUCUGGAACGGCACCAAAAUCCAAUUGUUUAGGGUUCAAGAGGCUGCUGCUCAAGGUCCAACUCUAUUAGCUCCAAAGGGUGCUGUAGACGCAGUUGGAAGCAACUUGGUACAACGAAUCGGGAAUCUUAGCUUACGUGGACGGAACUCAAUGUCACAGGAAUCUGCCAAUGGACGAUCUCCGAGUGUCCGAGAGGUCUAG